AUGGCGGAGCUGCCAAAACUGGACUUCGAGGAUGUGCCACGAACGCAUCCGACCCCACCAAGCCCAUCGUUGGGACAUGCGAGGGCGAGAAAGCGCCCUGGAAAGCAAGUUGCUCGGCGUGGCAGCAGGAUCGGCAAAGUAGGCGCUGGCGCAGGGGAGGAGCCACCCGACGAAGUGCGGGACCGGAGCUCCUCCGUGGGCCGUGCAUGUACUCGGCUGCGGACAGCUUUGCAAGAAUACUUGAUGUAUCACUUCUGGAUGCCCUUGACCGGCCUGGUGGCAGUGGGCAGUGCAUUUACGGUUCAGCCGUGGCUGUCCAUCUGCGAUCUGGUUGUAGGACUCCUCUUGCUCCACUCACAGAUUUUCCAGUUCGCCUUCCAGCGAUGCUGCAGCAAGUGGACAGAGGUGGACAAUGCCCUUGUAUUGGCCUCAUUGAUGCUAAGCAUCCUGACGCUCAUUGUUCGUAUAGCACAGACCUCCGGUAAAGAGGUGUGGUUUUUUGAUGUGAUCUAUUUGAUGACAGCACUGGUGGCAGUGGUUUGUGCCACCUGCAGGGGCGGAGCGCCUAACUCAGCCCCAGACUUGCGGCAGGUGCCGGCUUCUCCGGUCCUUUGGUUGUGCCUUUUGGCCGCCACCACCGCUCCGCCGUGCGUGGCGUCGUUGCCAUAUGCGUUGAUGUUCUUGAAGCUCUUAGAUUCCUUGCUGACGAAUUCCUGGCAGAGCUUGCUGCCGAUCUCCUAUCGCUGGUCUUUGGCCAUUCUCACCAGCACUCACAUCGUUACACUGCUGGUGCUGAACUUCAUGAGCUGGAGUCAGAUCGCGAUCCCCAGUGGAAUGCUAGGAGUCUUUGGGGAGCUGGGGCGGACCAUCGUCCUCUUCAAAGACUCGAUCACCACCUGCAUUCAUUCCUCCUCAAUGAAUUGCUUAAGUCGUGAAGAGAGUCUUUGGCCGGGCCUGCACUUGGCCUCCGUGAUGCUUCUUCACUUCUUACUGACCAAUGCAGGGGAAGGUCGCUCCUCAGAGCCCACGAUGGCCAAGUCCACCUCGGCCUCCAGCUCAACGGUGAUGCAAUCUUCGGACAUCUUGACGAGGAUCUUGCGCACCUUGGGGGUGCUCGUCCUCUUGUCCUACUGUUUGGCCUUUCCGUCACUGCUCACCUUGCCCUUGCUCCUCUUGUACGUGUGGAAGAGCUUCAGCUCCGCGCGCCUCGCCGAGGCGGAGGCUUCUCGCACGGGAAGGAGCACAACGUCUUCAGGCUGCUGCACAUCGUCUUCAGGCUGCUGUGCAACGACUGCAGGCUGCUGUUCAAGAUGUAGAUGCUGUUCAAGGAGAUACCGCGAGGACGACGUGAAGGGCUCCGAGUCGUCGCUCUACGAGAGCAGCGGCUGCGGCGUGGCCCACGGCUGGGCACGCUAUAUUGCCCUGGUCUUUGUGUUCUUCUAUGUCUACAACGUCCUGGAGGAACUCCUAGAUCAUCUUUGGCCAGAGGCGGCUGAGACCUUGACCUCGUUGCGUUUGCGGGUGCUCACGGGGAUUACAGGUAUCGACCUGGUCCGUGCGCUGGGCUUGACGGUCUAUCGCCUCUAUGAGCCUCACGCGGCCUUCGCCGCGUUCACGCCGCAGGCGUUGAUGCUUUUGGCCCUGGCCGGCAUCCAGGCGCUCUUGGAAGGUGGAUUUAGCGCGGAGAUGUCUCCAUGGUUGUCCUCGAUUGACAAGAACGGUCGCAAUCUUUGGGUGUACAUCAGCCGCCAGACCCCAGCAGAGCUGCCCAUGUUGGUGGCUUUGGUUGGCAUUCUGAUGACAACCAGUGCAGCCUUUGGAGAGACGCCGGUGCUGCUGGUGGCCUACGCACUGGUCUGGGCCAAGGUGGUGUGUGGCAAGUUGGAGGUGGGUCAGCCCAGGACCUGGUGUUGGCUUCAAUCGUUGGCCCAGCUGGGCUUGGUCGUGAUGUCCCUGCUCUACCUGGUUGCACCCGCUCUCACGGGCCGAAGCAGCGAAGCGGUUCAGACGCUCUACAAGGCCUUCCCGGAGCUCAAGCGCGAGCAUUAUCUGAAGAUCGUGCUGCCGCACCUGGUCCUCGGCUGCUGUGCCUAUUUGGAGCGCUUACGCAUCGCCCAGGUGACGAUCCUGACUGUGCAGGGCCGUCUUCGCGUGGAUACGCUGGAGAGCAUUGAGACCGCCUCCUCCUGGGGGGUGGAGUCCACCAUUUCCAGAAGCAGCACUCAAAGCCGGUGCCUACGAGCGCUGAUCCGAUAUAAGAACCUGAUGGUCGCCAAGUUGAGGAAAUGGACGGAUGAGCUGAUUUGCAUCUUUGUCUUGGUGCUGUCCUUCGCGGCCGCCUUGGUGCCGGGCACCGACAUCCAUUCCUUGGCCUUGCUCUUGGGAACAGGACCCGCGCUGCUGCUCUACAACACUCGGGGCACCUACCGUGCUCGGAAGUUGGAUUGUGGCUACUUUGUCCUUCGCUUCUCAACGGCGUUGAUGUUCGUCUUCCGCCUCACCGCGGCGUCUCGGUUGAUCGACUGGCCGGACGACACGCAGUGGCCCAUCUCACUGAAGGAGCUGGGCGUGAUCCGACCCCUGUGGGAUCCUCCCAUGAAGUUGGCCAUGCUGGGCAUGAUCGCCGUCUUCAGCCGCGUGGCCAUCAUCGCCACCAUGCGCCGUGAGGAAGAUGAUCGACGGACCGAGGAGGUGGAUCAGGUCGCUGAGGAGCCUCCAAUGUCCAAGCCGGCGGAACGAGUGGAAGAGGAGAAGCCAGCGACGUCAGGAGUGGAAGAGAAACCUGCUGAAGAGUCGCAGAGCUCCACCUUCACCUCAGAAAUCGAGGCAGAGAUCCCGGACGAGCACUCGGGUAACACCCAGGAGAUCCCCAAGGAGGAAACGACCGUGAGCAUCUACCCGUCGCCAAGGAUACAGAGGCCAUCAGUGCGCUUCGCACCCAGCACUGUGGAGGCAGUUCAUCGAGAUAAGUUGCAUCGCCUCCGGGUGCAUCGUCCUGGCAUGGAGGAGAGGAUUUUGACGUGGCUGAUUCCUUCUUGGAUGGAGUUCAUGCCCCUGAACAUGCACGUUUACCUCUCUGCACUCCUCCUAGUCUUGGUGUUUGCCUUGAGCAUCCAAGAGGUGAACAUUCUGAGUUUCCUGAUGAUGCUGGCGGUGAUUUGCCUGUGCGGCUGGAGCAACCGCUGGGUCCAAGCGGGCAACGUCUUUUCCUGUACGACCCUGGCGGUGAUGUGGCUUCAAUAUCUGGCAAGAUUUCGCUACUUGGAAAACUUGGCCACCUCCGAUGGCACCUCCGACGUUUGGUUACGGCGCGUGGGAUUGGAAUGUACCUCCAGUCAGGUGGAAAAGCACUGCGCCAUUCUGUUUGUGUGCAUCCUGCAGAAGCAGUAUUGGUACCGUGGGCGCUUCUCGAAAGCGCGUCCGGUGGUGUGCCCUUCCUUUGUGGCCGACCACGCAGACAUGGCCGGCUUCUUCGGUCUGAUCUCUGUUGCUGUGAUCCGGCGCCACGCCUUGUCCACGCUACUCGUCCUGGGCGCCUUACCAUGGGUGGUCCGUGAGGAGCUGCCCUUCAAGGAAUCAGCACAGCGCCAUGCGCAUACCAAAUGGUGGCUUAGAUGGUUCCGCUUGGUGCUGUUCUUCAUUCUGGUCAUUGAGGUGAGCUUGAGGCUCUUGCUGACCUUCAACCUGGGUGAGGAGGUCGGAAGAGACCAGCUGGUCAACUGGAUUUGCAACGAAUACUGGAAAGGCGCUUCGCAUCCGCGGGCCUUUGACAGCUGCCUCGUGGAGUUCACCCACUGGAUCGACAGCGCCAACGCUCAGCAAGGCUCAACACCGUUGAUGUUGAUGGAGUUUCUUUGCCUCUUUUUCCUUGGAAUGGUGCAGCAGCUCUUGGAAUGCACCUCUUCACAGACCUUGGAGGCUGAAACCCUUCAGCGAAAGAAGCUCACGGUGUUGUAUUGGUGGCCUCUCUUGGUUUGGUGCUGUACCUUCACACUCUCCUUGGCACGAGGAACGCUUUUGGGCUUGUGUUUCUUGGUGUUGCUCUUGGGUGUGACCUUCAGCAACUCCAGCUCAUUGCCGACCCGACGCCGAUGGGUUUGGCGGACGCGGCUCUUCGCACUGCUCUUUUUGCUCAUUGGCUUGGCGUUCCAGUCACCCUUGCUGCCCUGCAGCCGUGCUGCAUGCCAAGAUGGCAUACACCAGAUCUACGUCACACAGGAUGAGUGCGUGAAGAUGGAAGCUUUCGACCUCUCCUUGGUCGGCUCUGAAGCACAGAGCGCUCACUGCGGUGCCCCAGAUCAUGGUGCGUCCUUGGGCCAUGACACCUCCUGGACCCUCUUCGUUCAAAUCCUGGGCGUCCGUCGAGUGAGCGGGGCAAGCCUAUGGGAGGGCAUUGCAGCUCUCUUCUUGUCACAAUUGGGUCAGUUGGUGCUCCUCAUCGCGGCGACGACGGUGCAGCUGCGGAUGUACUCCUCUAGGCUUUUUGCCAAGUACUUGGACGUCUUCGUGGAAGAGAGCGAGGAUGUGAUUUUUGCUCGAGCUCAGCGCUUCGCCACGGAGUUCUACUGCGGCGCCAAGCUGCAGGAGUUGGCCUCCCGGAACCGUGUCAAGGCGCAGCUUGACGCGCUUGAUGCGCUUGACGCGUGCGGCACGUUUUGGAAAGCGAGCUGGGUGGUGGAUGGUGUUGACCAGCUGGUGGAUGGUGAGGGAACUCCAAAUGAUGCUCCAUAG